AUGGGCGUUGCUAGUGUCUCGCGUGAGUCAUGUGAGAAUCUUCUUACUAAAGGUGGCACCGACGGCGAAGGCAUGGGGCGUGCUAUCACUAUUGUUAUUGGUGGCGCCCGCGAAUCCCUCGAUGCCUUACCACACACGCUUCGUCUUGUACUUAGGAGACGAAAGGGCUUUAUAAAGCUUGCAAUUCGUACUGGUGCAGACCUUGUCCCAGUGCUAGCAUUCGGCGAGAAUGAUCUGUAUGAACAAGUGCGUUCGGACCAACACCCCCUGAUACACAAAUUUCAAAUGCUCAUAAAGCAUACUAUGGGUUUCACAAUACCCUUGUUUCAUGCUCGUGGGGUCUUUAAUUAUGAUGUGGGUUUAAUGCCCUACCGUCGCCCAUUGAACAUUGUUGUCGGCUGUCCCAUUCAAGUCAUUCAGCAGCAAAAUAGAGAUAAGAUCGAUGACGAUUAUAUCGAUUAUCUGCAUGCUAAGUAUGUGCAGGAACUAGCAAGAUUAUGGGAGCAAUGGAAAGAUGUUUAUGCGAAGGAUAGGAUUUCUGAACUCGAGAUCGUUGCCUGA